UAUCAACUGAUGGCACUAGUGCUGUGUUUAGAUCCCUCCCUCCCUUCUCCUCUCUUUACUCUCAAUAUGGACGUACCUCACUCCUGGAUGGUUGAAGCUAUUUAUUCACCUUAUGAUUUGGACAAUAUUCAUCUAGCAUCAGUUGAGGACCGAGUAGAGGCUGAGUUUGUACUGGAAUAUAUACUAGUGGAAGGACAGUGCUUUGAUGCUCAUAUGGAUUCUCCUAUACCUGGUCUACAGUAUGUGAUGGGUACUGAUACUGAUCCUGAACUAUAUGAUACAAUAGUAAUGGCUAAUCUUGGUUAUUACCAGCUAAAGGGUAAGCUAGGAGCAUGGAAGCUGAGACUAAGAGAAGGAAGAUCAUCAGAAGUAUAUCAAAUAUCAAGGUACAACUGUUUGUACAAUAUACUAGUAUAUAGUAAUACUUGUACCAGUAAUUAUGAUCUACA